AGCGGAGGCUAGCAAGCGAUAAACAGUGCUCUCAGUGCCAGUGAAAUCCUUGCCUCCGGAGGCCUGCCGAUCAAAGCCGUGCGCGAGGCACCGCGCUAGGCCAGGCCUGCUUUGAUCUGGGUCAGCUGGCAACCUUGCUGCGCGCACACACAUCGGGAAGCCAACGGGGGCUCCCUCCUCGCUCCCGUACGCAGGCGAGGAAGAGGCACGUGUGUGUGUGUGAUGUGAGAUGUGAGCAUCUGGGGGCAGGAAGAGCCGACAGACCAGCCCACGCCCCCUUUGAGUCACAGAGCCGGUCCCCACUCAUCUGGGCAGCGGUUUUCCAGAUCUGGAAGUGGCGCUUGCCAGCCGGCAGUUCUCCUUUUGGAAACGAAGCACAGUCUCGCCAGCGGGGCGCCAGUGGGGAGAGAGAAGCGGCAGCGAUCCCGAAAUCGGUGUGGACAGCAGCUUCAGUCGCCCGGAGGCUUUGAUUGCACAUGACGGAUCAGAGGAGGGAAAGAGAAGAAGGAGGCUCCCCUCCUCACAAGCCCUGACCUCUUUCAGGGCUGCAAUCCUAGAGGUGCUUCACAACAUGAACCUCUCUAGCAAAUAUCUCCUAUCAGGAUUUCUCUUAGCUCUUUUCUCCAGCCCCGUCGCUGUAGCGUGGAGUUCCACACUGCCCAACUCGAUCCAAGCCCUGAAGGGCUCCUGCGUGGUCAUCCCUUGCUCUUUCACCUUCCCGGGUUCCCGGGAUUCCUGGGGUGGCAAAUUCAGCGUCGCUUGGUACCAAUACCGGACACGAGGUUACCCUGAAAUCUACAACAGCAAAAGCCCAAACAACGUUCUGCCCGACUACCAGGGGCGGACAGAGGUGCUGGGAGAUCUCGAGAUGGGCAACUGCACGCUCAGCAUCCGUUCAGUGCGCAUGGAGGACGCCAUGAGCUACUACGUCUGGAUCAACCCCGAUUCCGUCAAGCACCGCUUCUAUGAUGUCACGGUCCGGGUGGAAGUUGCAGACUCUCCAACCCCCCUCGAGCUGAGCGACCCGGGGAUACUGACAGAAGGCGACGGAAUCCUGGUCACAUGCGCCAUUCUGCACACGUGCCCGUUGUCCCCACCGACUUUUACGUGGAACCUUGUGGGAGGGAAGGCCACGACAAGCCAGGAACGUUUGGCAGGGGGAUCGUGGCGGACAGUGUCAGGGUUUAACUAUGUCCCUUCCCACAAGGACCAUGGCAAAUAUCUCCAAUGCACAGCCACAUUUCCCAACCAACAGCAAUCUCGCAGUGGUAUCUACCUGCAGGUGAAAUAUGUUCCAAAGAACACAGUGGUCUCUGUGGUGGGGACCCCAACUCUGAAAGAAGGAGAUAGUGUAACCCUGCGCUGUAGCAGCCAGAGUAACCCCCCUGCCCUCAGUUACCGCUGGUUCUUUGGACCACGCAAGGCGCCGCUGCGAGGAGCAGGUACCGGACCCGAGGUGGUGCUGGAGGACGUCCGGAGGGACUCAGGACCAUUUCACUGCGUUGCAGAGAAUGAUGUUGGAAUGGGGGAAGAUUCACCGCCUACCUACCUCAAUGUGGAGUAUAAGCCGGUCAUCCUUCCGCAAGGGAACUGCACCGUGUCCAGGAAUGGAGAGAUGGUCACUUGCUACUGCGUGGCGGAAGGCAACCCGCUCCCGGGUAUCGAGUGGCGCCUGUCCAACCGCACCGUCCCCGGGGACUUCAACAGCUCCGAGCUGCAGGCAACCUCGGCCUCCUGGGGACAGGCCGUCGUCGGGAUGCUCAGCGGCCCGGCCUCCAGCCUGGCCAAUGUGUCCUGCACGGCCACCAACCAGCACGGCCCCAGUCAAAUUAUGUUGCCCACCCUCCAAGCAGGGGACACCAUCCUACUGCUUAUAGCAUCUGGGGCUGCCGCUGGGGGCCUUCUUCUCUUUUCCGUGCUGGGAAUUGUGAUCUACAAAGUGUCAAAAAGCAGGAAAAAGGAGGAGGGCCAAGAGGGCGAAGAAGAGGAAGACGACCCCACACUGUUUGUCACUGAUGGCAACGGAGAGCGGAAGGUGUCUCUUAAAGCAGAGAAGCCGGCCAAAGCCAAGAAAGAGGAGCAAUUCAACAUGUACAGCAAGUCCAAAACAGGGAGGAAUUCAGCCGCUGAUAACGAUCUGAGCAGUCAGGCCUACGAGACCAUGGAGAUAGCAGAAGAUUAUGAGAAUUUAGCCGCCGGCGGGUCUGCUGGGCUUUACGGAAACCUGAGCAACUGGCAGCCCACCCCAGGGACGGACCAAAUCUACUCCAAUGUCUGAUCUGAGAGAGGGAGCGGAAAGAGGAGGCUGUCUGAAUCUUUUCUAUUUUAAUAAGCGCGUGUGUAACUAGAAGCAUUCCUAUCUAGGGCAACGGGUGUGAACAGACGGAGGGCCGGGGAGGCAUGUUGUCAAAUUAGGAUCCCUAAAACAAAUAACUUUGCAGGGACCCCGGCUGCAAAAGUUACCUCCCAGAAUGCCUUGGGGAGUAUUAUUAGCGCAAACCCUUGGAACUACCUGCCACAGGGAAAUAUUAUUAGCUUUGAUUCACAGGACUUCCUGCUAUGAGGGAUACGUCAUGGGUAUAGGACCCUGGCUUCCAGGAUGUGGGGCAGGGCUGCUCAACUUUGGCCCUCCUGCUGAUGUUGCCCUACAACUCCCAUAAUCCCUGGCUGUUGGCCACUGUGGCUGGGGAUUGUGGGAGUUAUAGUCCAAAAGCAGCUGGCGGGCCUAAGUUAAGCAAGCCUCUUGUGGGGGAAUAUUUAUGUCAUUGCACCCGUAAGCCUCCUUCCUGUGAGGAAGUAUUAUUGAUCCUCACCUCUGGAAAUCAUUAAUGAUGUUAACCCCUGGGACUGUCUGCUGCAGGAUGUGGAGGCGAGAUGUAUUAACACCCUUCUUCUUUUCUAAGACUGAGAUCUUUCCUGCUGUGCUAAGCCCAUUGUCCGUGAACUUUAUUGUCAGACUUUCAAAGUAUAUGUCUCUAUUUUUGUACUUUCAAA